UGUUUCUUAUCAACUUCUUACAUCCACACGAGUAAAAAUGACAAAGAGGGCAUUCCAUGGCUUGGUUUUUGCGAUUCUGAGCUUUGAAGCCCAGAAGGCAUUAUAUAGGAUGUGGCAAAGCUAGCUUAGUCCACGAAAACCGUGAAAUCGUCGAUCUAAGUCCAAUCCAACCAAUGGUUCUGCCUGCUAUGUAACCAACCUUUCCGCCAAGACUCUCAGCAUCCUCAUAGCCAAGUACAAACGAUGCAUAUGUUACCGAAAGAUGUUUGUGGGUAUCUUCAGUAUGGAGCGAAUGCACUGUGCAGAGUUGAGAACUUUACAACUGCUGUACCAGGCUUCAACUCACUGCUACGUGGUAUUAAGCCAAUUGGCCAAUGGUCACAUGGUUCUCUUCAAAGACAAGUUGAAGAUCGAUACGCCACUCUUCUCGGAGGGGAUUGCAUACAUUAAUUGCAAUAACAUACCAAUGACUCAAUCGGUCAAACUUCCGGAAUUCACGAACCCAAGAGAAGAAUCCUUUCAAUACCUUGAGUUGGAUGCAAGAACCGGUGGCACAUCACCCUCUCCCACGACCUCCUUAUUCGACACCGCAACUUACUGAUAUUUGAAAGCGUGGCCUCCUAGUUGAAAGAAUGCGUAUCCACGAAAGAAGGCAGAGUCAGAGCACCGCACCCACCAACGUAGCAGGGGGGAUAGAUACAAAACCAGUGAUCUCAAAAAUCCUAGUCAGACCUGACGUACUUGAGGUGCAAGAAAAAAAAAACAUAAGAACCAAUUGUUGUGGCUGUUACUGCACAUUAUGGUGGUAGAGUGUCCCCACCAGAAUUCGAUAGUUCACAAUCCGCAACUCUCGCAGAACAAAAUUUGGAUUAUGGAAUCUAG